UUGAAAUGUGUGACGAAUCUAAGAAGUAUUUGACCCUUAAUACUCAUAAGGGAUUGUUUGAAGUUAAUCGUCUUCUUUUUGGAAUCGCAUCAGCCCCAGGGAUAUUCCAGCGUAUAAUGGAGAACGUCCUGAAAGGAUUACCGAAGGUGUGCUGUUACUUGGACGACCUACUGAUUACGGGGUCGACACCGGAAGAACACCUGGCCAACUUGGAUGCAGUCUUGAAGAGGUUGGUGGAGCGUGGUAUUCGCGUAAAACGAAACAAGUGUUAUUUCUUCGAAGACAGUCUCGAAUAUCUAGGGCAUGUAAUCAGUGCCUCUGGAAUUCAUACGUCACCUGAAAAGGUUAAAGCGAUUGUGGAAGCGCCCAGACCUGUUAACAAGCAACAAUUACGCUCGUUGUUAGGGCUCGUAAAUUAUUAUGGAAAAUUUGUGCCUCAACUUUCGACUAUUGCGUUUCCUUUGAACAGGCUGUUGUGCAAUAAGGCGACUUGGCUCUGGUCACCGGAGUGCGAACAUUCCUUCAACAAGAUCAAGGAAGUCAUCACGACAGCUCCAGUUUUGGCCCACUACAGCUCCUACUUACCGCUGCAACUGGCCGGCGAUGCGUCUCCGUAUGGGGUACAGCCUGCGCCGCCGAAGUCGCCCUUGCACCCGUGGUCGUGGCCUACAGCUCCAUGGCAUAGACUACAUGCGGAUUUUGCGGGCCCCUUCAAGGGUCACAUGUUUUUAAUAGUCAUGGACGCCCAUUCAAAAUGGCCGGAGGUCUUCAUCAUGGGAAAAACGACGACAAAACACACCAUAGAAAAGUUACACGAACUUUUCUCCAGGUUUGGAAUUCCAGAAAGUUUUGUGACAGACAACGGACCACAAUUUGUGUCUCAAGAAUUUAAAGACUUCUUGAAAAAGAUGGGCAUCCGUCAUGUCACAACUACACCUUACCAUACGAGCAGCAACGGACUAGCGGAAAGGUUCGUGCAGUCACUCAAGACUGCACUGCGAAAAGGUAACCCUUCUACACCAUUAAAUCUGCUGCUAGACCGCUUCUUGUUUCGCUACCGAACAACUAUUCACGCUACAACGCAUGAAACGCCAGCUAUGCUACUUUUCAAACGUCAGUUGAGAACUCGGCUCGAUCUUCUGAAGCCAUCAAUUGAAUGUCGGGUGAGACAUUCGCAGUUUGUACAGAGUGCACGCAGAACAUCUAUUCCACGACUUUUGAAACAAGGGGAUCGCGCAAUGGUGCGAAAUUUCAGAAGAGGGAAGAAGUGUUUGCCAGGAAUAAUUUUAUGUAACACCGGCCCAGUGUCUUACAGGGUACGAGUUUCACCAGUCCAGGGCACCUCAAUUGUGUGGCGUCGUCAUCAAGACCAACUCAGGCUAUGCGCAAGCAGAACCACUACCCAAGAGGCAAAGUGCGACAACGAUUCAGGUCCCUGGCUUGCAGCACCUACGGACUUCGAACAGUCGGAUAUUCCCAGCUCCUCUGAGGUACUCCCAACAAGUGACCGGGCCCGUGGAGCCGUGCAGCGACCCGGCACUCCGGAACCCAUUCAGGACAGCAUUGGAGUUCCACAGCCGACUGCUCAAGAAAGAAGAUACCCUGUCCGAGACAGACGUCCUCCCGAGCGUUAUCAAGCUCAUUAGUUUUGUAUUAGGAGGGAGGGAAGUGUCAUGUAUGUUCCCGCGCACGCAUGCCGGUAUCUUAUCGAUGUUACGUCGCGCGCUAUCUGCUUUCCUCCUCCUCCUCCUACUUGCCUGGUUCUGUUAAAAGGCGCGCACA